UGUUAAUAUUAACUGUGCAGCUCGGAUUUGGGCUGCGUACAAAUCGUUCAAUAUCUAUGAUUAAAUUUACAAAUCUCAAAUGUACGACGCUUGAUAAGCCUUUUGUAGAUUUUCGUUAUUGCAAACUCAAGGCACUGGCUCGAAAUAAUGUUUCGCUCUCUUUGCGCGCUGAUCUAUUUCAAGUGCCGCUGACUAAUGUGACUGUGCAUAUGGAAUUUUUUAAGAAGUAUAGCGGUUUUCGACCCUUCUUUUUAAAUAUAACAACGAACUUUUGUGAUUUUCUUCGUCACAAGAAACGCAUAAAAAUGUUGGAUUUCUUGUUUGAGUUGCUAGAAUCAUAUUCAAAUAUUAUUCACAGCUGUCCUUUCGCUCAUGACCUUAUCGUGGACCAGAUGAUUUUGUCACCGAAGCAUUUUCAUUUGCUGCCACUGCCUGCGGGAGAAUAUCUCCUAAAGAUUUUCGUUGCUGCUUACAACGAUUGGAAAGCGAUUGUGAGCCUGUACGUUCUAGUUUCGGAAUAAAUUGGCUUAAAAAUUAAAUGUAAAAUAAGAAGUUAAAUUAGCUGAUAUGUGGAAGAAAUCAGUUUGGACGAGACCUCUCUUUAUAUCCACAGCAC